UGCUCCGAUUGAUGCUCGUUAUUUGGUUGUGGUGGUGUGGAAGAUUGGAGAAAGAUUUUCUUUUAUUCGGGUUCGUGUUGGUGCUAGGUCACAUUCGAUUCUAUUGGUAGGGUUUUUCCCUAUUUUCGAACCAUCAAACAAGAACGGCAACAACAACAGCGACAGAGCUGGAAGUGGCUCUAAAGAAGGUGAGAAACAAGAUAUUUGGUGAAUGGUCAGUUCUUCAGUGUUGGACCAUCAGUGAUAACAUCACCAGGGAUCAAAUAUGUUAUAAAUUCUCUAUAUGAUAGUCUAGAUGAAGUAUAAAUUCUUUCUACUUCCUACUGGAUUCGAUUGACAAAUGACACUAUAUAGGGGGAAAGUAGGGUUGUUCCUGGCAAGGCGCUGGAUGCACUUUACUGGGAGAAUGAGCUGAAGCAGGCAGAUUCUUUGAGAAAAAUAUGUGAAUCAAAGCUCGACUCUAUAAGUUUCCUUGCAUCUUAUUGCAUCAUGUUCUAGUUGUGGUUACUGCUUUUAUUGUGUUUCUAAUCCUAAGUAGAUAUAGCAUGCUUCAUAUUAUGCUUAUUGGAAUCAUUCAAAGGUAGCCCAUAUGCCAUCUAAAUUUUGUAUUGUUCCUUAGUUCUUGUAUUCUAAGUCAGGUGAUGCUAUGCGAUUCUCGCAAGACUAGACAUCUCCAUGUAGCAGGAUUGGUCCAACUCUAGAAUUUUUUUUAGCGUCCAUCUCUUGGUGAUUGGUGAUAUGAUUGGAAUGGGGCUAGACUAUACUUGAGGGUUCAAUUUCAUGCAGAAUCAUUCUUGAGCGAGGAAAUUAAUUUGCUGAUUCAGGGGCUAUCUCAAGGAUUGUGUAUAAAGUUAACCUUAGACUAACAACAUACAUAGUUUAUCUCUUCCUACCCAUGUAACUUAGUAUGAAGUCCGCCAUUAUAUUUCAAGCAUUUAGCUUGAUGCUUCAACCUUACAAGUAAAUGCUAUUAAGGUUUUAAUUGGUUUUAAUUGGCCUUGAUAACUUAAAGUCGUUAGAGCACCUUGAUGUAUCAUAUAAUGUUCUCCAACAUUUUGGAGCGGGAGGUCCUUAAAUUAGUUCUGUCCUAGCCUCCAUUUUUAUUGAAUUCACAUCCUUUUAUUUGGGUGUUUCAGAGGUUGGAUUUGACUGCUGCAUUUGAUGACCAAACCGAAGAGGGUGUUGCUUAAAAUUAUUGUUAGAUGGACCUGAAGAUAUCAACUUGAUGGAGUGAUUUAGAAAUGCUACUGAACCCCAUGGAGCUGGAAAAUGUUUCCGUGUGGUUUCUGAAACUUCAUUCAUUGUAAUGUUUAUCUUAUAAUGGUUCUUUUUAUGAAUACUUACAAUGGUAUUAAUGAUUACUAGGAUCAAAGCCCGCGCUUUGCGCAGGUUGUGUUCUAUUCUUAUUUGAUUAAAGUUUAUAUUUUAUAAAUAUGAUAAACUGAUAUAAUGUAAUUUCAAAUGUGAAACGGUAAAUAAAACAGUUUUAUCUACGAUCGGUUAAAAAAGAAUGUGUUCAAUCAUACAUAAUAUCCUGCAAAAAUAAUGAGGUCUCAGAUUUCGAAAUUGGGAUCUUUGCAAAAACAAAAAUAUUAGUUCGAAUAUCCUGAAAACGCAUAAAUAUUGUAAUUGAUAAAGAUUCAAAUAUAAAAAAUGCAUUGAUGGAAUACGCAUUGAUGAAAUACAUAUAUCGUUAUUACUUCAUUUCUUACAAUUAUCUUUUUGAAGUAGAUUUUUUACGGUGCUUAUUCUAUAAAUAUUGUAAAAGUCAAUUCACAUUUAUUUUCAUUACGAAGAUGUAUCACGUCAAGAUCCGUUACUCAUACCGAAUCACACCACCUUUAUGAAAGUUUUUGGAUUGUGUAAGAUAAGAGUAGUAUCAAAGACACGUUAUGAUUUCAUUAUAAAAAAUGGAAAAAGUGGAGACCUAUUGUACUAAAAGAAAUUGACCCUAAAGUUUGUGAGAAUUACAAUAAAACCCACUUAGUAAAUCCCAAAGUAAGGAACUAAUAGCGGGUAAUUGGUUCGCAAAAAUUAGAAUUAUUUCCACAAAUCAAACUAUGACAUCUCUAAUCAGUGAUCAAAGUAACACAAAAAGUAAAAGUUUCGUACAUCACUUUGUCUUUUUUUUAAGGGAAGAACCAAAUUUGGAGGAUGUAUGCGGGUAUAGGCAAUACAGGUGGCUUUCUGCAUUGCAAAUAAAGACACGUGUGGCUCAUGCACAGAUCUUUAAGUCCAUCAUGUUCAUCAAUGACCCCUAUUUCUCUUGUUGAAAUUGGUAAAAGAGGCAAAUUACAAAAACCCUUAUCAAUCUAUUCGAAAGAUGAAGCUCCAAUUGAGUUAGAUAUCUGUACCAAUGCUCUGUUUUUCUUGCCUUUCUUCUUUCUUGGUGUACUCUAUUUUAAAACAUGGGAGAACGUAGUAGUAGUGAACGGCAACCCAAUUGAGCAGGUGCGGCUGAUGGCCCACUACAAAUUUCCGGACAUGGUUCUCGGCCUAAUCUCAUGUUCCCUUCUCCCUUUCGUCAAUAAUUUGUUCGACUACUGGUCCAACCAACUCUAUGUCAGCUCUGUCGUCGCACAGAUUGUGGUUCGCCAACUAUGGAAUCCGCGGAGUUUACCACCACCGGGAGAAUCCACACUGCUGCCACUAUGUUGCUCUUUCAAAUAACCCAGGUAAAAUGUUAUAGAUUUGGGUAUUUUAUCUCGUUUUUCACUUCAUUCGAUGAUGCAGGUUCAAACCUUUUAAAAUUCUAUAUGCUUGGGUAUUAAUGGGAUCGCAUGUUCAGAGAGUACUUUGUUGAUUAACCUUACAUGUGGUGGCCUUCAAAUCUCGCCUCUUUUCCAGUUACCUAGGGUUGGGAUUCAUUGUUAUAGGAGUCUGUGGAAGGAGACCAUGGCAGCCGAAGAUGAAAGGGAUCUCAAACGCCAGACCUCUAUCGAUCUCGAUAACGCAUGCAGAACCGAUUACAGAGACGCCUUCCAAAAAAAAAAAAAAAGCCACGCCAUCUCUUUCUCUUGUUGACAUGGUCUCCUUGUCAUCGUGCAUGGCUUGAUACCGAUUUCUUCGAUCAAAAUCCUCAAUUCGUCUAUUCAUUUCUCUAUGCUUUUGAAUUGAUCAGGUUGAACGACCCACGGACCCGAAACGUCGGGGAAAAAGAAGAUUGCGAUGAAUAGGGAGACUGGGGGAUAUUAGGAUGCUGAAUCUCUGCAAUUGUUUGCCAGAGUAAAGUUCAGCGGGUUCAGGGGUGAGGUACAGGGGGGAUUCAAACCCUCGUUUUCUCAUUGAUGUUUUUCGUCUUUUAAUUAGCUUCUUUUUUUCAUUGAAGUUUUUGGUUUUUGAAUUAAAAUUUUUAUAUAUUUAUUGUGUGAUGGAGAACAAAGUGAUCAGGUGCGGACGAUUUGUUGUAAAAAAAGGCCGUGCUUGCCGAGUCCAACAAAGAUAAACAUGGGCUUAUGUGAAUCUGACCGCAGAGAAUCAUAGAACUCCUUUGUGAACAGUGGCUACCGGAUUUUUCGUAAGGAACAGUAACCGGAUUAUUUUUUAAGUUUUGUAAACUUGUGGUUUAAUAAUUUAAAUAAUUUAAAUAGUAAGUGCGGGUUUCAAAAUUUUAGAAUCCUGUCAGAUCCGGCAUCUGAACAUCAUUAAUUUUCUCAUCUAAAUAGACUAGCUUUGACCCGGCCCGUUGGCUGGAUUACUUUAAAUUACCGACUCAUUUGAAUGAGAGAGAGCAAAAGAGCUUAUCCUCUCCAAUACUUUUACAUUCAAAGUAUUAAUAUUUGUAUUUAAGAAAUUGUAAAAUAUACUCCAAAAUUUAAGACAAAAUAUUACAAUACCUCUUAUUUUUUUAGUUCAAUAUGUACAUCAAUAUCAAGAAUAAAAUAUUAAAGUUUAAUAGUCCAUUCGAAUGAUUUGUUACCAAUUUUAUACAUAAAAAUAUCUAAAUUUACUAUAUAUUUUAAAUUUUAUUUAUAAAAGAAAAAAAUAAAAGUACAAUUAUGCCACUCCCUCCUCAAUCCCUAUAUUUUCCCCAAAUGGCAUCCUAGUACUCGUCUCCACGACUUUAGUGUUUCUCAUCAUCUUCAUUAACCCUUCAUUCCCUUCCGUCAAAAGCGUAUCAUCUAAAAAAACUAUAGGAUCCGUUCACAUAAAAAAUCAUGAUCAUCGUCAACGUCCUCACACUCUUAUGUACCGUCUACAAACAAAGUAAGUCUUCGAAUGACACGUCAAUCCCCACUUUAUGUUAACACAGGGGUAUAAAAGAAUAAGAUUGAUUUUUAUUUCUUUGGUAUGAGAAGGAUAAAUGUGUUAUGGGUAUUUAACCAAUUUGAGUGGAAUACUACAAUAACAAUACCACACACUAACAACAAAGCUGUCAAAUUAUCAUUAGAACAAUGAACCAACCUAAAUACAUAUACUAUAAUCACAUUAAGGCUAUUACUAAUAAGGCUACUACUUAGUACUUAUGCCAGUGAAACCAAACAAACUGUGACAAUUAUUUAGCCACAAUGGGUAAUUGACCGGAGGGAGGCUUUAUUGGCGGUUGGGUUCAUUGGAAGCUGAUCAUUGUAGUCAGUUUCCUUUUUCCAAUAACUAGCUUAUAACCCGGCCCUUUGGCCGGAAUGCUCAUAUUUGAUUAUUUGUAUUUUUAUGUUACUUUUACGUCUAUUAACCCGUUUAAUUUUAUUGAUAAUUAUUCGAUCGAGAUGAUACAUAAAGAAAUAAUAUAUAGGUCGAACAUUCGGAGAAAUAUCAUAAUCAUUUAAGAAUAUAAAAUAUAAAAAUGUAUCAUUGAGCCCAUUUUCAUAAUGCUAAUUAAGUCCCUGUUAAAAUGCUAUUGGUUAGUUUUCUUUGACAAUCAAGAAAUAUAGAGUAUAAAAGCUCACUGAAAUUCUCACACAACCCAUAGAUAGUUUGAAACUAAAUCCUCAACCUCACAAUCCUAUAUAAAGGGUUCAAUGCUCUCCUUUUAGAAACAAUAUGUCACUAAUCAAAAAGAAAUAGAGAGUUGUUGAUUCAAGUCAUCUAUAUACUAAAAACUCAGCUAAGAGGGGACCAUCACAACUUGAGAGCAAACGAAAAAAUCAGGGUUAUCUCCAAUAUACGAAUAGACUCGAUCAAAGUAAUAAGGCGCAAAAUUAGAAACUCCUUAUCUAUUAGUUCUAGUAGGUUGAAUAAAGAAUUCAAACAAUCAAUCAAUGAUUCCUCGAUUUAAGAUAGAAAUAGGUUAUGACAGUUGCAAAAACCAUAAACCUAAAGAUCCAAUAGCCACCACUCUCCGUUGUACAACCAAAUUUCUAUCUCAAGAGGCAUAUAUUCAACCAAAAAUUCAAUUUCUAAUCUUUCUUCUACAACUUCAGUUAUUGAUGAACUCCAUUCUAUUCGCCAUGAAUUGAUAUCGAAGUUGAAAUCUUCUACUCGCCCAGCUUAAAAUCCCUAACAAUAAAACCGUAGUGCCAAGAGAUACCUGAAGAUUGAUUUUCAAUAACAGUCAUGUACUGGGAAGUGAAAGGCGCAAACUAUUGCACGAUGGAUGAAAUUUCGGAGGAAGUUAGAAAGAGAAAAGAACAAAGAUAAAAAAAACACAAAAUUUAAAUUGAAAAUGCGAGGAUACAACAGUAGUUACAUAAUUAGUUUCUUCCAUGUUGGCCAAUUACCCAUUUACCUUUAGCAAAAAUUAAGGAGAGAGCGGGAAUUUAAAAUUGAGAAAAUUACAUGAAACUCUACUAUGAAAAUAGAAGUAUCAAGCUCGAUAAAAAUACAUACGGUAGACUUAGUGAGCUUGCUAAUUAUGAUCAAAAAGUCCUCUGAUUUUCAGAGAUUAACUUUGUCUAUUUUUUUGUAUAAAAGGAUUCAAUAAAUUUGUUUAGUGUAACUGGUUGUGCUUGUUAUCUUUGUUUGAAGAGACCCGGGUUCAAAUCUUGAUAUUGCUAUUUUUUAUAUGAUUUAAAUAAUAAAUGUGUAAAGACAAAAAUGACCUUCCUACUUUCACUCUCGUUGCAGGAAAUUUGAAAUGGAGAAAAAUACACAAAACUCUACCAUAUAUUAAUGGAGGAUUAACAACUGCUGCCUAUUAGGCCUUUGCAUAAGAUUUCGGCACAAGGAAGGCUUCUGUCCAGUUUUUUUCUCCCUUCGUUACCAGCUUCCAAGAAUGUCGAUUACCCAAAACACCCUCCCGCAAAACACUCUCUGAAGCGGAAAUUUGAAAUGGGCAUCCAGUUUUUGGCUUCCAGCUUUUAUAAUACUAGCUUAUAACCCGGCCCUUUGGCCGGAAUGCUCAUAUUUGAUUAUUUGUAUUUUUAUGUUACUUUUACGUCUAUUAACCCGUUUAAUUUUAUUGAUAAUUAUUCGAUUGAGAUGAUACAUAAAGAAAUAAUAUAUAGGUCGAACAUUCGGAGAAAUAUCAUAAUCAUUUAAGAAUAUAAAAUAUAAAAAUGUAUCAUUGAGCCCAUUUCAUAAUGCUAAUUAAGUCCCUGUUAAAAUGCUAUUGGUUAGUUUUCUUUGACAAUCAAGAAAUAUAGAGUAUAAAAGCUCACUGAAAUUCUCACACAACCCAUAGAUAGUUUGAAACUAAAUCUUCAACCUCACAAUCCUAUAUAAAGGGUUCAAUGCUCUCCUUUUAGAAACAAUAUGUCACUAAUCAAAAAGAAAUAGAGAGUUAUUGAUUCAAGUCAUCUAUAUACUAAAAACUCAGCUAAGAGGGGACCAUCACAACUUGAGAGCAAACGAAAAAAUCAGGGUUAUCUCCAAUAUACGAAUAGACUCGAUCAAAGUAAUAAGGCACAAAAUUAGAAACUCCUUAUCUAUUAGUUCCAGUAGGUUGAAUAAAGAAUUCAAACAAUCAAUCAAUGAUUCCUCGUUUUAAGAUAGAAAUAGGUUAUGACAGUUGCAAAAACCAUAAACCUAAAGAUCCAAUAGCCACCACUCUCCGUUGUACAACCAAAUUUCUAUCUCAAGAGGCAUAUAUUCAACCAAAAAUUCAAUUUCUAAUCUUUCUUCUACAACUUCAGUUAUUGAUAAACUCCAUUCUAUUCGCCAUGAAUUGAUAUCGAAGUUGAAAUCUUCUACUCGCCCAGCUUAAAAUCCCCAACAAUAAAACCGUAGUGCCAAGAGAUACCUGAAGAUUGAUUUUCAAUAACAGUCUUGUACUGGGAAGUGAAAGGCGCAAACUAUUGCACGAUGGAUGAAAUUUCGGAGGAAAUUAGAAAGAGAAAAGAACAAAGAUAAAAAAACACAAAAUUUAAAUUUAAAUUGAAAAAUGCGAGGAUACAACAGUAGUUACAUAAUUAGUUUCUUCAAUGUUGGCCAAUUACCCAUUUACCUUUAGCAAAAAUUAAGGAGAGAGCGAGAAUUUAAAAUUGAGAAAAUUACAUGAAACUCUACUAUGAAAAUAGAAGUAUCAAGCUCGAUAAAAAUACAUACGGUAGACUUAGUGAGCUUGCUAAUUAUGAUAAAAAAGUCCUCUGAUUUUCAGAGAUUAACAUUGUCUAUUUUUUUGUAUAAAAAAGAUGCAAUAAAUUUGUUUAGUGUAACUGGUUGUGCUUGUUAUCUUUGUUUGAAGAGAUCCGGGUUCAAAUCUUGAUAUUGCUAUUUUUUAUAUGAUUUAAAUAAUAAAUGUGUAAAGACAAAAAUGACCUUCCUACUUUGUGUAGACUUGAUCCUUUGUACAGUAAAAAAAAAAAAAAAAGAGCUGUAAGGAUUGUAGAGUAGCAGUCUGUAAACUCUAUCAAACCAAUUAUUGAACCAAAUGUCAAAUAAACUAAACCAAAUUAUGAGAGUAUGAUACGUCAGAAACUCCAAAAGAAUUGGAAGGUCCUCUCUCCGAAAGGACUUGGCACUGCAUGCUGAUUUCGUAUUCAAUAGCUUCCAUGUGGAUACCAUCCCAAACAACAACAAGAACAACCCGACUGUCAGGUAGGACUGAAAAUUCGCCCGACCCGCCCCUGACCCUGUUCUGACCCUGUCUGACUCGCCUAUGAAAGGUCAAGAUGUAUAACUGAUCCGUCCCGACCCUGUUUCUUUCAUGACCCUGUCUGACCCUUUAGGGUCGGGGCGGGUGAGGAAGGGUCGGAUCAGUGGGUCGACCCUAAUAAAUAGACUACUUUUCUAAAAAUUACAAUUUGAUACCCGAAUUUAUUUUUUCUUACAUUUUACUACCUAUUUUUUUUACAAAUAAGUCCCUAAAAUUUGAUGGUAAAAUUACGUUUUGGUACCCAAAUUUUUUAGUUUUUAUAAUUUAGUACCUAAACUUAUAAAAUUUUACAAAUAGGUCCAACAUGUUUGUAUGAUGCUAAGGGUCAUAGGGUCAAAAAGUGACCCGACCCUAAAUUGACCCGACCCUAUCUGACCCUGACCCGACCCUAAGCCGACCCGACCCUAAAUUGACCCGAUAGACAAACUGACCCAACCCGACCCUGAGGGUCAGGACGGGUCGGGGCGGAUCAGUGGGUUUUAAGGGUCAAACUUACACCCCUACUUAGGUUCAUGCUCAACCUGAACAUCACAAGACAGUAAAAAAAAACCAUUAAGUUGACUCAUCGAAUGAUAAUAGUACCAAUGUCAUUAGUCCUAGUCCCUUAAACAUGGAAGAUCUCGAAGUGAACACCACACACCUGAGAUAGUAGAACUGCAACUUUAUGUACAAGGCUGGCAUCUUUCAGUCACCCGAACUUCUGAAGAACCAGUUAGCAUGUCCAUAGACAUCACUGACAGAUUCACUGUUCUGAUGUUAAAACCAUGAAAAUUUUGGAGUUAGAAACCCAAAUAGCCUGAUGGUUUUCCAACUAAAAGCAGCACAUCUAAACACGAUGUAGUAUCAUCCUUCCACACACCAAAGCUGGCAGGAUCUACAACGGCUGUCUGCAGUAUCUCUUCACAAGGAACACUCCCCAUGUGACACUAUUUACCCUGCCAUUCCCGUUGUUUGAGAUCGAGUUCCCUCGGUUGUACACAGCAACGUAAGUGAGUUGAGGGAUGACCUUGCACUUGCCAGCCUAGGCAUCCAACUUCACCUUGGAGCAGAAAACUCAAUGUAUGACAUUUGGUAUACAUACCCUACUGGGACUCCCCAACCUGUCAUCACCAAGGUUUUUUUUUUUUUUUUUUUUUCUGAACACAGUAGACAAUCAAACUAGCAGGAGUGAUCAUACCAAAUCGAGCCAAGACAAUCAAAGUAAAGAUGAGGAGCUCAAUGUAAGUGCAACGAAUAAGGAAGACACAACAGACCGAACAUGAGAAAAAAGAGACUCGGGAGGUUGGGAGGACUCACAGUCAUCAGCCAAGAGUCACGACAUGGAAUCUCACAGUGAGAUCAUGUACACAUAAUGCCUUCAAAAAAAGAAUAACACAACCAGGUAUGCUGAUUAGAAGCUUUUAGUAUGCUAUAUAGUAUGAGUGAUUUAUUAUGUUUAUAGCCCUUAGAUCUUGUUAUAAUAACAUUGGAUUAAAGUUAUUUAAUUAUUAUUUUUUUUCACUCGUUGGAAUGGUAACCUGUUGCACCGGUUCGUUGCAUAAUAAUUAUUAAAAAAAAAUGAAAUCCAGUUGGGUAAAGCGAUUGAGCUCGUGGAAUCUUAGAGCCUCUCUUCAGCGGUGGGAUUUCAAAGCGUCUCUUCGUAGAUAGUGCCGGGGUUGAUUGGCGGCGACGACGAUGGCGAAACUGCAUAUGACUUAGGGCGACGGCGACAGCGAACCUGCAUCAAGGGGCCAUUGCAACGGCGACGCUGUGAGAAAAAAGAGAUUGGGGGUUUCAAGUUUCGUCUUCCGCGAUUGUGGACUAUGCUCUUCCGCGGUGGGUCUCUUUGACGAUAUUGAAGUGGUUAAGCAUCGGCGACGGGAACGGUGAGAUUGUGUUUCGCAGCGGGUCUCUUCUGAUUGUGCUCUUUCGCGGUGGGUCUCUUCGUCAAUAGUGAAGGGGUUGAUUAGCGGGUCACCAGAGGGAAGAAUUGGAACAAGAUUCAGAGCUGCUUGAUUGAGGGCAAAGUCUGCUCCAAGUUCAACGAGACUUGCCUUUCCGAUAUCGUCGAGCAGUUCUACAUCGAGCGAUUGUCCGCUCUUCAGGUUAAAAAAAGGCAAUUUGCUUUCUGGGUUUUGAAAAUUCGUUUGGUGGUUGUUGCUAUUCUUCUCUUUUCUGAACUUUUUGAGCGUGGCUUUUGGCUUUUGGUUAUUGUUAUUGAGAGUUCAUAUGGUAGCUAUUCAUGGUUGUCUAGUGUUAACCCUUGCAUUUGAUGAAAUGGGCACUAAUCAGCCUGCUUAUUGUUUGCUUUCGGUUCGUGGUUUUUUUCCAUGGUGGAGACUCCACUAGCUACUUGAUUCAAUUUCUCUGCCAUACGGGUUAGGGGGGGGGGUGGUGGUAUUAGUUGCAUAUGAAGGUCCAUUGUAUAAAAGGGACAAGAGUAGUUGCAGAUCCAGUAUCAUUGUAAUCUAGUAUGCCUGUGUUUUUCAAUGGCCUAGGUGGGGACAAUCUAUUCCUUUCUCUGAUUACAGUUAGCUCCUCUACCAGCAAAUGUAUGAAUCAAGAACAUGAACAUGAACUACUAAUUACUAAUUAAUAGUGGACUCUUCUUACUUGUUUAUGAGAUAACUAACUUGAUGAAAAAUUGAAUUUGCCUUAAAGGACCUUGUACUGCUGCCUUAUUUUAAUCUUGUAGGGGAAAACAAUCAGUAGAGUGUAAGCUGGAUAAGCAGCUGUCAGUACUACAUUCGAAAAUGACAAAUCAGUCAUUCAUAUCAUGUAAACGACAAAUCACUUAUGGUUUACAAGAUUGUUUUGGGUGCUGCAACAUUACUACUCUGGAUUUUGAAGUCCCUUGAUGGAAUUGGUAAUGCUAGUUCGAUCGACAUGAAUUAUUCCACUAAAAUGGAAAUGAGUUUUAGGAUUGGCUUUUUUUAUACAUUUGCUGCCAGAGGAUUUUCAUAAUUAUAAACAAAGAGUUCCCUGAACACACUCUUCUUUUGUUGAAUUCUGUCAAAUCUUAUUUGCGUUUGUUAAUAGUUAUUUGGUUGUUACGUGGUAUAAGGUCCACUACUAAAAAAGGGAGCUAUGCCAAGGGUUUUGGUUGUGGUUGUGGUUGUUCCUUAGGCAUAUGUGCAGCAACUAGAAACAAAGCGUUUUUUCAGUUAGAUCAAGAACUCGUCAGAUCUAGGCAACAUGUUUCAUCCCAGCCUAAAUCUCAUUAACUAAUUAUAUCUGUGAGUUUUUGUUAACCCUAUGGUUUUUGUUUAUUGAACAGCAAAAGAGGGUUCCCAUCAAGCUUGAGUGCUUGGGGGGGGGGGGGGGGGGGUGGGGGUGAUGUUCAAUUGGUCUUCUGAUUGAGGUAACUAUUAUUUUUUAUUCAAGGUACAGCACCAGAGUUGUUAUUCAUCCCCACAACAGUAUUUUGGAUUUUCAUUGAUGGUGUCCAGCUUUGAUAGUCUCUGUAGCUUAAGUUGGUAUGUUUUCACCAAUGUGGUUAUCUUAGAGGAUCUGUCUACUUUCUUAAGAGUUAAAACUAACACGAAACUCGAAUUAUGGGUUGUAUGUUGUGAGAUUGGAGUUAAGUUUUUCAUCUCUAGCGCUUUGACUUGCAUUGAUAUGAGAUUUGAUUUUUGGUUGGAUCAAAAUUAGGACGAGAAGAGGAAACACAUUAUUGUUGUUUGUUGUCUCUAUUUAUUUGUCAUUUCGGCCAUAGUUUAUUGCCUAAUUUUAUAUUGUUGUUUGUCAUUUCGGUCAUUUCCUUAUUUCUUUGCUGCCUAAUGUGUUUACUAAAUGAUUUGUGUAUUUUGUUUGUACUCUUGGGCAUGCUUAUAAUUUUGUUGUUGUUUUAAUUUUGCAGUUUGUUAAAAUUGUUCUAUAAUGAAGACGAAGAGGCAUGACCUUUUAGCACGCGAUGUUCUCCGAGGAAAGUAUUCUCCCUAGUUUCAAAUUUAGAGGCUUGUCAAUCAGAGGCCAUUAAGAGACGUGGCUUUGGUCGGAUUCUUGAAGUCAAAGGAAGAAUGUUACAACCUGAGUUGUUGGAGAAACUUUUAAAGAGCUUUAAUCUGGAAGAAAGCACAAUUAAGGCGUAUGGGCUGAAAAUGCAUAUUUUGGCCAAAGAUUUCCAGCGAAUUAUGGGUGUCCCCGAGGGGGGGACGGAUAUCGUUUUGGAUGGUGAAGAAGUGGUUGGAAAAUCCGAGGAACUGAAAGAAUUUAGAGUGUAUUCUACUCGUCAAUGUGAUCGACAGGCAAUUUCCACAAGCUUAAUGCGAAAGACGUUGUUGAAGAUAAAAGAGAGCAGCGAUCUAUUUGUUAAAACUUUUAUAUUAUACGUAAUGGGGGUGCUAUUAGUACCUACUAGAAGAGAUGACAUUUCGUUUUCUUCGGUAUACGCUGUCACCGAUGUUGCGGACAUCCCGAAGAAGAAUUGGGCAUCCUAUUGCUUCAAUGAAUUGGUGAAAUGCAUCUGCAACCAUAAUGCUGAUGGGAAAAAGUAUAGACCUGGUUGCUUGCUGUUUUUGGAGGUAAAUAAUUGAUAAUCCCUACUUUCUACAUAUUCGUAAUGAUUAAUCAUCAUGUUGAUUAUAGUUUUUUUUGUAGUUAAUAUUCUUGGAGCAUGCAAAUAGUAUUUUCCACACCAUUAAUGGAAGUUUGGAUUUGAUGAGUUGGGAGAGCGGAGACGUAGAGUUAUUGUUAACGAAAGUGGUAAGACUGAUAGUGCAAAAAUGGUAUAUUUAAUUCUUUUGACGAGUUGGAGUAUGCUAAUGGUACAUUUGGUUCCCUUUUCAAUUAAUUUAUAGGUUUCCAGCAAUUCGGGGAAAAGAUCAUCUGAGGAUGCAGGUUUGAAAUCACCUCCAAGGAAACGGGAAAAAAGAGACGGGAAACGACACAAAACCGACGGGGAUGAGCUGCUUCUCUGUGAGCAUAUUGAUGCUCGGUUUAGUACCAUGGAGGCUAGAUUUGACAACUUCGGUCAAGAACUUAAAGUCGCAAUGGGCGAUGAUGCUUCUAGAGACGAGGAGCUAAUGGGUCGGGUUAUGAAAAUGGAGAAUGAAUUUCGGGCAUUUAGAGACGAAACUGGUACUGCAGUGAAGUCAAUUAUAGAGGCAGUGAAAGCAACUACAGGUGACCCGUUGUCAAGGGAGCAGCCUACUGAAUUGAAAAAGAACGAUCAGAAGGAUGCGGCUGAUAAUGUGAAAGCUUCUGUAGUUGUUUUGUUGUCAACGGAGCAGCUUAUCAGAGGGGAAAAGGGCAAUAAGAAGGGUGAGGUUGAAAAACCAAGUGAACCCAUUUCUCCUACCUCCGUAUGUGUCAAGACUCAAGGGUUAGGUGUUUAGAUUUGGGGAGAGCCUGAGGGGAAAAUUGGAGAUGACAGAUGUUCUGAAUCUCCUUCUGUCAAAGUUGUGAAAAAGUUUCCUUGCAAGCAGGCGAAAGCGUCUAAAGUUGAGAAAUUCAUACUUUUGAGUGAUGAAAGUGUUGUUGCUAAUGAUGGUUGUGCCAAGACUGUGAAGGUAUUACACUUGAUUAAGUUUUCUAAUUAUUUGUUCUUAUGGUGUGGUUACUAAUGAAUUGGUUUUGUUUUUAUGUUUUUGAACAAUAAAGGGGCGAAAGAGAGGUGGACUACGUAGUGUAUCUAAAUUGAAGCCUAGUUUGCAUGUGGUCUCUACAAUCGAAUGGGCAAAUCCCAGAGCUAAGAAUGCACAACCUUUGUACUUUGCUCCUCCCUUUGUUGUUAAGACAUCAUUGACUCUGGAGGCAGUAAAGAUGAUUCAAUUUGCUUUUAGUAGUAAGCAACCUGGAAGGUACCUCCCGAAAUCAUUACAAGUAAGAUUGGAUCAUAUUUGUAGGAUGUUUUUGUUAUUUGCCUUAUUCUAAUGUUGUGGUGUUUGAACUUGGUCUUGUAUAACAGUGACAUGUUGGUUAGUCUUGAUGGUGGGGUUCUUCCCUUGCUCCGUGAAGAUUUGGUCCAGCUUUUGCCCAGGACCAAACUUUCAACAAGGGUGAGUUCCUUUAUGUGUAAUUUAGUAGAUUGAAAUUGUAUUGCUGACUUUGGUAUAUGUGAUGAUGAUGCAUUAGAUUAUAGAAAUGGUGUGUCUGUGCAAGACACUAGAAGAACGAAGUUGUGGUCGCAGUGGUGGCUUGUCUUGGUUCUUUCCACCUUCAGUUUCGGUACAGUUGUCUGCUUUGUCUAUUCUUGUCAUGAAAUUAAUCUAUUUGUUUGUUAUAUGUAGCUUGUGUGGGUAACUGCGCUUUAUUUUUCUAGGAUCGUGCGUAUCAUUGCAACGAGGAGCAAUUUAUGGCUACCAUGGGUUCAUAUAAGAUACUUGAGCGAUACCGUAUAAAUGAGCUACUUUAUUGCAGUAAGGUAUGUUGUAACGUUGUUUUAUAAAAGGAAAUGGCUUAACCCUCCUAUGAUAAAUUGAUAAUUAUUGUUUGUUUGUGCAUUAUUUCAGAUUCAGGUCCCAAUUUUCACCCUCACGUUGACCCACUUCUAUCUGGCGCUCUUUAACUUGGAAACCAAAGAAAUUGAAAUCUGGGACUCAUUACCAGGAACUCAUAACCAAGAAUAUGAUGCAAGGAUGCAGAAACUGGUUUGCUUCUUGUCUUCUUCUUCAAGUUUUCAAACUUGACUUAUUGCUUAGUUGUUAGUUGUUUUUCAUUUGCCGACUUUAAAUAUCGAUGAGGGGGAUGUUUUCAUUUGCAGAAAUUGGGUCUAGAUGUUGAAUGAAUUUUAGGAAAAUGUUAAUGUAGAGUUUAGUUAAUGUGGAUGUUGAAUGAAGUUUAGGAAAAUGUAGUUGUUGAAUGAAUUUUAGGAAAAUGUUAAUGUAGAGUUUAGUUAAUGUGGAUGUUGAAUGAAGUUUAGGAAAAUGUAGAUGUUGAAUGAAUUUUAGUGAAUGUAGAUGUUGAAAGAAGUUUAGGAAACUGUUGAAAUUACAAUGAAGUUAUGAAUGAAGCAUUAUUCGGUGAUGUUCUCUUUUCUCUAUAUUAUGUUUAAUGUGUCGACAAGGAAGAAGUUAUGAAUGAUCAUAUACCGAAAAAUGGUUGAAAAUUGAACCUUCUCAUUUUCACGGUCCGAUGAUGGAAACCUCACGAAUGUGAGAGUAACCUUGAAAAUGGACCUUAUUCCCCCUGCCAGCAGGCAGUCUCACGGCCUCAAUAAUCCAUUCUCGCGGCCGUGAGAUAGUGAUUUCCCUGACACCUUAAGGAUGGGCCUUUCACACCCUUGAGACUGGGCUGUGUGAUGGGUUUUUCUAACGCCUUAAUGAUGGGCAUUUCACGCCCGUGAGACGGGGCCGUGAGAAUGAAAAAAUUAUUUCCUAGAGUCCAGGAAACCUCACGGUCUUGAAAGGUCUAUCUUACACCCGUGAGAUUGUGGGCGUGAGUUAGUGAAUAAAAAACGUCAUUUAGAAGGAUCGAACCCGCACACUUGGCAUAAUCAUUCAAUGCAUUAACCAGUCAGACUACCUAACAUAUUUUGUUAAAUUCAUUGUCCGUUUGUAUUUUACAACCUGUUACCAAUUUACCAUACGGUUGAAUGAGCGUUUAAUUAUCGGUUUUGGGUUCAACCCAUGUAAUUGUUAACCGAUGUGAGAUUGAGGUUAGGUAUAUGGUUGAUUGAGUGUUUGAUUAUGGUUUUGGGUUCAACCCAUCUACUUGUGAAUUGAUGUGAGAUUGGUUGAUGAUAUAUGGUUUAGUGAGUGUUUGAUUACGAUUUUUGGGUUGAACCCAUGUAAUUGUGAACCGAUGUGAGAUUGGUUGAUGAUAUAUGGUUUAAUGAGUGUUUGAUUAUGGUUUUGGGUUGAACCCAUGUUAUUGUGAACCGAUGGGGGAUUGGGUUUACGGUAUUUGAUUGAUUGACGUUUGAUUAUGAUUUUGGGUUUAACCCAUGUACUUGUGUUGAACCCAUGUACUUGUGAGCCAUCGUGGGAUUGGGUUUACAUUAUAUGGUUGAUUGACGUUUGAUUAUGGUUUUGGGUUUAACCCAUAUACUUGUGAACCGGCGUGGGAUUGGGUUUACGGUAUAUGGUUGAUUGACGUUUGAUUAUGGUUUUGGAUUUAACCCAUGUACUUGUGUUGAACCAAUGUACUUGUGAACCGGCGUGGGAUUGGGUUUACGGUAUAUGGUUGAUUGACGUUUGAUUAUGGUUUUGGGUUUAACCCAUGUACUUCAUAUGGUUGACUGAGCAUUUGACUAUGGUUUUGGGUUCAACCCAUCUACUUGUGAACCGAUGUGAGAUUGGUUGAGAGUAUAUGGUUUAGUGAGUGUUUGAUUAUGGUUUUGGGUUGAACCCAUGUAAUUGUAAACCGAUGUGAGAUUGAGAUUAGGUAUAUGGUUGAGUGAGUGUUUGGUUAUGGUUUUGGGUUCAACCCAUGUACUUGUAAACCGAUGUGAGAUUGAGGUUAGGUAUAUGGUUCAUUGAGUGUUUGAUUAUGGUUUUGGUUUCAACCCUUCUACUUGUGAACCGAUGUGAGAUUGGUUAAGAGUAUAUGGUUUAGUGAGUGUUUGAUUAUGGUUUUGGGAUUAACCCAUCUACUUGUUAACCGAUGUGAGAUUGGUUGAGAGUAUAUGGUUUAGUGAGUGUUUGAUUAUGGUUUUCGGUUGAACCCAUGUAAUUGUGAACCGACGUGGGAUUGAGUUUAUGGUAUAUGGUUGAUUGACAUUUUAUUAUGGUUUUGGGUUGAACCGAUGUACUUUAUAUGGUUGACUGAGCGUUUGACUAUGGUUUUGGGUUUAACCCAUCUAAUUAUAAAUCGAUGUGGGAUUGAUUUAUGAUAUAUGGUUGAGUGAGUGUUUGGUUAUGGUUAUGGUUUUGGGUUCAACCCAUGUACUUGUAAACCGAUGUGAGAUUGAGGUUGGGUAUAUGGUUGAUUGAGUGUUUGAUUAUGGUUUUGGGUUCAACCCAUCUACUUGUGAACCAAUGUGAGAUUGGUUGAGAGUAUAUGGUUGACUGAGCAUUUGACUAUGGUUUUGGGUUUAACCCAUCUUAUUAUAAACCGAUGAUUUUUUGGGUCGGUCAUAAUGAAGAAAUUCCUAGAUCCUAAACCCUCACCGUCGUAAGUUGUAAUAGUGAUGCCGUUUCUUCCUUCUCAUCCUUCGUCGGCGCUAGAGGACUAAUCCUCGGUUCCUCCCUGUCGGCUUCCUCCUUCCUGCUUCCCUCCCUCCAUCCUACCUCCGUUCUUCCAUACGUAGGUGUCCAAUUCUUGUUUCCCAACCUCUGUAGGUCACUCGACCGAUUUCAUUUCCUAGCCUCAAUUCUUAAUUGUCGUCCUUCGUCGGCUCCUUCUCCACCAAUAUUACAAAACCAGAUUCUUCCUAUCUCCCUUCCUUCGUCUUCCCUUCUCUACCCAACCAUCGAUUCUCCAUUCUCCCUUAUUCGCCCAUCCUUCACCGCCCAGCUAGAACCCUAAUUAGUGAGAUCUGAUUUCCCUGUUCAAACCACUCAAACCCUAAGAUUGGGGUUGGGGGGGGGGGGGGUUAAAUUUGUUGGAGAUUGCUGGUCCUCUUUGCGGCAAAGGAAGCGGAGCUACUUUGUGGGAGACAGCGGAUAGUACUGGAGCCGGAAAUACAUUAUCGCCCUCCGCCAGUCAAUUCCUUGUAUGUGCCUUCUCCUACUGAGUCGUUGGUUCUAAUCCUAAAUCCAGGUUGGUACUUGUAUGUUGAUACAUCAUAUAUUUUAGAUCAUCUAUGUUGGAGAUCAGUUGUGGCUGAAUUUGUUUUUGUUCCUAGCGAGAUUAUUACUUAUUGCGACUGGUAGUAGUUGACUCCAUCGUUCUGGUUGUCUUCUUUGUUCAAUUUGGUGGCUGUUGUGAAUUGUGAUCUUGCUUGGCUUCAUUUCAUUUGUGAAUGGUUGGUUUUUCGCGGAAGUGAAGGGGAAACUAUCGAGUUGAUAGGGCACCUAUCGAGCUGAGUUUUCUUAACUCAGACUUGGCUCGUGUUUGUUUCGUUUAAUGGCGAUUGAGUGGGUCUAUUCUGCGUUCUGAACUGGGUAUUGAGCACCCUUUCUCUGGCCGAAUUUUUCUGGAGAAUGAAGUGUUUUAGCUUUCGCAUUGUGGAAGAACGUGAAUCACUGUCAUUCGAAUUUUAAAGAGUGUGUUUUCUGGUUAGUAUUCCUGCUCCUGCAUAUAGCUAGGGAAGCUGAAAAAGCAACUUUGACUUCAUGUCCUGAUUCUGGUUCACAUUCUUUAUCAAUCAUUUUAUUUGAACCAUUUUGAUGUUUGAUUUGAGGAUCUACAGAAUCAUAAGUACUGAGGGGGUGAAAGGGCUGUCUUUUGAGGUUAACAUGGGGCUUGGAGGAUUCUUUUGUCAUGCUAUUGCCCUCUGUUACAAUGAAUCCCAGAGCAUUAUCAGUAGUAGUAUGUUAGUUAAGCUUGGUAGGUAAUGGAUGCUUAAAGAUGCACAGAAACUAUGUGGCUUAUAUGUAUAUGCCUCUAAUAUUUUUUCGUUGAUUGUUAAUUGAUUAGUGAAUUGUUGGAUUCGGUCGGUUGUGGGUGGUGAAUAUGUGGAUUUCAAUUGUCUCUAAACUUCAUUUGGUUGGUUGUUUUCAGUUGAUCAACUAUGGAAGGGUUGGUGGAUGAUAUGAGAACAGGCAAGGACACGGGAAUUGACUUGAAUGUUGGUUUAGAUUGGGGAAUGGAUUAUGGAGAUGAUAUCGGUGGUGUUAGAGAUAGUGACGAUAUGGAGGACAAUGUCGACACCAGUGAUACGGAUUCUGAGGAUGAUAAUAACACUAACAUUGGUGAUUAUGAUAAGGAGAACAUCUCAGAUGAGCAUUUGCACAGCUUUGAAACACAGCCACACAGCUCAGAUGCACCUCUACACAAAGAUGCUGCAAAUCCAGCCAAGGCUCCACCGUCCUCAAGUAUGUAUGACUGGACCCUGCUUGAUAAAGUCGGGAAUGGGAAGCCAUAUGCUAAAUGGGAGUCGGAUGAUGUUGUGGGUUAUGAGUUUGAAACCCUUGUGGAGGCUGGCAAGUUCUAUUCAACUUAUGGUUGUGCCAUGGGAUUCAGCGUACGAAUGAACACUAACACAUUCAAAAUAUAGAGUUAAAAAUAUUCAGCAAUGGGUUUUCUCACACGAGGGGAGCGUCAGCCAGUGUACAAUAACAAGGAGAACAGAAAGCGUGAACCUAGGCCUGUAACAAGGCUCCAUUGUCUGACUGCUUUCAAAGUCAGUUUUGUUGAGGCAACUAACCGAUUCAAGGUGAAGCAGUUUGUACCAACACAUUUUCAUCACUUAGUUGGAGCACAUGAAGUGUAGUUUUUGAGUUCUCAUCGCAAGGUAGAUGACUCAAGUAAGGCUAAGAUUCGAUCACUUAGGGCUGCUGGUGUUCGCACCAAUCAAAUCAUGGAUUAUCU